GUCGGUUUCCGGUAUCGGUAAAGAAAGGUGUUUCAUCAAGCGAUUUUCUCAUUUAAUUUUACAAAGUGAACAAACAUGGCCAUAAGCUUGUUGAAUCCUAAAGCCGAGGUAGCCAGAGCAGCCCAGGCCUUGGCAAUAAACAUUUCCGCGGCCAAAGGCAUUCAGGAUGUGAUGAAAUCCAACCUAGGCCCCAAGGGGACAGUCAAAAUGUUGGUUUCUGGCGCUGGAGACAUCAAAAUAACCAAAGACGGUAACGUUCUGCUUCACGAAAUGCAAAUUCAGCAUCCCACGGCCUCACUAAUAGCUAGAGCCAGUACUGCUCAAGACGAUAUGACCGGAGAUGGCACAACAUCUACCGUUCUAGUCAUCGGAGAGUUACUCAAGCAGGCUGACUUAUACAUAUCCGAGGGCCUCCAUCCCAGGAUAUUAACGGAAGGUUUCGACAAGGCUAGAAUUAAGGCGUUGGAGGUGUUGGAGAAAGUGAAAAUACCAGUCGCGAUUAAUAAGGAGAGCCUAACCGACGUCUGCAAGACCAGUUUGAGGACAAAAGUUCAUCAAAAAUUGGCAGAUGUGUUGACUGACGUUUGUGUUGACGCUGUGUUAUCCAUUAAACAGGGCGACAAACCCGUCGAUUUGCAUAUGGUCGAGUUGAUGGAGAUGCAACACAAAACCGAGACCGAUACGAGUCUAGUAAAAGGGUUGGUUCUGGACCAUGGAUCUCGUCACCCUGACAUGCCGAAGAGUCUGAAGAACUGCUACAUCUUGACGUGUAAUGUCAGCAUGGAAUACGAGAAGAGCGAGGUUAACUCGGGUUUCUUCUACAAGACCGCAGAAGAGCGGGAGAAGAUGGUGGCCGCCGAGCGUGAGUUUAUCGAGCAGCGAGUCAAGAAAGUCAUCGCUCUGAAAAAAUCCCUGUGUGACGGGACCGACAAGACCUUCGUGGUCAUCAACCAAAAGGGAAUCGACCCCAUGAGUUUGGAUAUGCUGGCUAAGGAGGGCAUCAUGGCGUUGAGGCGGGCGAAGAGGCGUAACAUGGAGCGUCUCGCCUUGGCCUGCGGCGGGGUGGCGAUGAACAGUUUCGACGACCUCCAAGAGUCACAGCUGGGACGAGCGGGACACGUUUACGAACACGUGUUGGGGGAGAACAAGUACACCUUCGUGGAGGAGUGUAAAGUACCCCAGUCCGUCACGAUUCUGAUGAAGGGACCCAACAAGCACACGUUGAUCCAGAUAAAGGACGCCGUAAGGGACGGCUUGAGGGCUAUCAACAACGCUAUUGAGGACAAGGCAGUGAUCCCAGGUGCCGGAGCUUUCGAGGUGACCGCUAACAAAGAACUACUGGCGUAUAAGGAUACCGUUAAAGGAAAAGUUCGUCUGGGCAUCGCCGCUUAUGCGGAAGCCCUUCUGGUUAUUCCGAAAACACUAGCCGUUAAUUCCGGUUUCGACGUGCAGGAUACCAUCGUCAAGCUGCAGGAAGAAUCUCGAUUGAGUCCCGAUCCUGUCGGGUUGGAUCUGACCUCUGGCGAACCGAUCAUCCCUCGCGACAUGGGCAUCUUCGACAACUACAUCGUCAAGAAGCAGAUCAUCAACUCGUGCACUGUAAUAGCGAGCAAUUUGUUGCUCGUGGAUGAAAUCAUGAGGGCGGGAAUGAGCAGCCUCAAGGGUUAGGGGUGGUCGUGUAACGUUUCAUGUGCGUCUGUCUUAUGCACGUUUCUGCUUUUACUAUUUAAUUAAUAUCUUACAAGUUUAGUUUAGUUGCGUUAUUAUACCGUUUUGUAUGAAAAUAAAAAGUAAUUCAGCCGCUUUCUGGUGGGAGCACCCCUGAAAGCGGCGCAUCAUGUUUUAAUACGAUUUAAUUCAAUAAACGCUUGAAAACGU